AUGGGUUCAAAAAAAUACAUUGGUUCAAGAGGAAGCAAACCAUCGUCAUCAGGGCUGCCAAAAGUUUCAGGUUUAAGGCUACAGCAAGAAAACAUGCCUCAUCUUCCACAGGAAAUAAUAAAUUCUGAAAUCCUUCCCCGGCUUCCAGUCAAAUCACUGUUGAGAUUCAGAUGCGUAAAUAAGCUCUGGAAUUCUACGAUAGUUGAUCCGAGAUUCAAUCGUCACAAUGCUAGAUCUAUGGCAGUUUUCAUGUCAGCAGACCUUCGCGCCUACCUACCCUCCCUAAAAUUGCCUUGGUUGCAAUCCAUUGAAAAAUUGCCUGGGUUGAAAUUCACUGAUGAGGAAGGCUCCAUCCAACGAUUCCCUUUGGUGAAACUCGUGAGGGAUAACAAAGGGUUUAUUGGGGGUUCGUGCAAUGGUUUAUUGCUUGUGAUUCUUGGAUCUUCUUUCUAUUUGUGGAAUCCAUCGACUGCAUACUUUUGCCACGUGCUCGAACUAGAUUAUCUAGAUGGUCUUGCGUCUGUAAGCAUUACAGGGUUAUGCUAUGACUCGUCCUCUGAGGAUUAUAAAGUAGUUGUAAAGCUUAAGCUUCCGGUGAAGAAUUUUGGCAAAUCUGUCUUGGUAGCUGCUUUGAAAGACAAACGUUGGAAAGGGUUGAAGUUUCCUCAUAGUGGUUGGGGUCGAGGACGGGCAGUUCUUUGCAAUGGAAUUCUGCACUGGGAAUGGGAUGUUUACAGACCUGAUAUGGUAAAUAGUAAGAGGAUUAUUGGUUUUGAUCCAAAGACUGAUCAAAUCGUUGAGGUUCCAUUGCCUCAGUGCAAGAAUAGGGAAGACAGUGUGAUACUUGGUCUGGGAAUUAUAGAAUGCUAUCUUUGUACGGUUCAAUGGGAUAAUCCCAGUUAUUUUAAGGGGAAUUUUCAGUUAAUGGUGAUGAAAGAGUAUGGUGUCAAAGAAUCGUGGACUCCCAUGUUUGAAAUAGUGCGAGAAUUUCCUGCAUUAUUAAUUUCUAGCCGGAUGAUCCCUUUGAUGCUUAAUAAAAAUGGUGAACUGUUAAUGAUCAUCAACUACCAAAGGAUUGUUAGUUACAAUCCACGAACAGCUGAAUACAAAUCCAUACUACCUAGCACACAGUUUGUAGCGUAUUCAGCUGAUGUAUUUGUCGAAAGUUUAAUUUCCCCUGCUGGCUAUGAUUGGAAGAAAACGCUUUAA